AUGGCGGCGCUGCCACUGCGCCACCGUCCGGGCCUCGGUCGCGGGCUCGUAUGGUCUGGACGUCAUCAGCCGCGUGAUCGAGGUAGUCUCGGGCCAGGCGCUGGAGCAGUUCAUGGAGGAGUCGUUGUUCGCGCCGCUGGGCAUGCGGGACCCGAUACCGGCUUCUACGUGCCAGCGGAGAAGGGGCUGGGCGGACCCCGCCUGGCGGCGCUCUACGGCUCGCACGACACGGCCACGUGGCUCGGCGAGGCCUCCAGCACGAGGCCAGCGCCGAAGAUCCCCUCGGAGCUGGUGCGGCUUGACGGGCAGACGCCGAGCGAGAGCAGGUGGGCGAAGCCGAACGUGGGCCCGGUGAUCGCUGGGGGCGGGAUGAUGGGCCACAACGGCGGUGGCCUGGUGAGUACUCUGAACGAUCAGGCUCGCUUUUUCCUCAUGGUCGCUCGUGGAGGCCAGCUCAGUCCCGAAGGCCCGCGCAUCCUGCGGCCAGAGACCGCGAGGCAGAUGGUUGAGCACGACUGGCUGGCUGAGCCCUCUGUUCUCGGGAGUGCCCAGGACUAG